UUAUUUUGAUUAUUCAGCAGAUUAUUAAAAUUAUUUAAAGUAACAAAAAUACCAUUACCAUAUUUCUAUAACCAGGAAUUAGAUCAAGGGCGUUAUUUCAGUUACUAAGCAACCAAUAUAUUGAAAGUGAUAAGAUGGACCAAAACUGCCUUUUGUACGAAUUUAUUUUCAUAAAAAUAAAGUUGUAUCAAAUGGGGCCAAUUGUUUCUUAAGUCUUUUUGUAUCGUUGUUGUUAAAUAAAUUUAUAAAAAUAUGCCUAUAACGUAUAACCGAGGCAAUGUAAGGAAGAUCGCCUUCCGCACAAGGGGUCGGUCAGCUCAGUCUCUUGACGCAGGAGGGCCUCGAGUGGACCCUGGUGCUGGUGGCGACGGUCGCUUGUUUUUACAAAUCAGGCCAGCGUUAACAGAUCCUAGGGCAGCACUCGCUCAACGGUCCCACACAACGUUGUCAGGAAAUGAUUUUGUCCCAAAAGAAGAAAACAAAGAUGAAAGUAUUAAUUUACAAGCCGUGGGAGAAGGAAAAGUACAACUUUCUAGGACACCACAGGAGAAAGAUCGACUGCCGGAUAGGAUAAGUCUAGACAGGAGAGGACUUUCAUCAAUUCCUCAUAUAGUUGGAGAGCCAGGCUUAAGACUGUUAUCAUUACAACAUAAUCUUAUUAACAGUUUGUCCGGAUUAUCUCCGUUGGACUUGGGCAAACUAGUAUUUCUCGAUGUCUAUGACAACCAGAUUGACAAAAUAACUUCCUUGGAAAGACUGUUUAGUUUGAGAGUGCUGUUGAUGGGAAAAAACAGGAUAAAGCGAAUUGAAGGCCUCACAAACUUGAUUAAGUUAGAGGUUUUGGAUUUACAUGGAAAUAGGAUAGGAAAAGUUUGCGGUUUAUCUAACUUAAAUGAAUUAAAAGUGCUCAAUUUAGCUGGUAAUCAAAUAAAAUGCGUCGGACAAAUUGAUCUUCAGGGUCUCUUGUCCCUACGAGAACUGAAUUUAAAACGCAAUCGUCUUAGGAAAUUGAUGGGGUUUCAAAAUACGCCAAAGCUACAAAAAUUGUACCUUGGUAACAACGAUCUACAGAGUGUGGAAGAUAUGUCGUCACUCGCAGAAGCAGUCUCACUAAUAGACGUCUCGCUUGAUGGAAACCCUGUGGCUUUAGGCGGAGACUGUAUACCAUUCCUUGUCUCACAUCUACCUAACUUACUUACUCUGAGUAACAUGCACGUUACUGAACAGGUUCGUAGGGCAGCAAUGGCUUGGAGAAAUAAUAAGGAAGCUGCUCAUGCUGCAUACUGUGCCCUCGGUGGGGCUGCUCAACAAGAAGCAAGGCGUGACCAGAUCAUUAACAACGCUCGCACAAACUGGGAACUGCUGAGGUCAGAAAAUAAAUGUUUCGUUGCUGCAACAAAUCCUAGUAAGAAUGCUGAAAUUGACAAAGAAUUUUCGAUAGAUGCUUCCACAGUAAUCGCACAAACUGGUGGUGCACAAAUAGCGCAAACGGCAGCACUUCCAGACGUGGUAGCGUCUAUGCAACAACCUGAAACGGAGGAUUCUGAUUGUAAAAACAAUAGCAGCGAUGCAAAUAUAAAAACAGUUUCUGAGAGUGUUCCUAAAGCAUCGCCUAUGAAGAAAUUACAAAGAAGUUCGACAGCCAGAAAACCUUCUGAGAGACGAGUUAACUUCUCUGAUAGAAGUGCAUCUCAGGACACGGAUGCUUCUCACUCUACGUCCACUAGCAGUGAUUUAAGACUGCCGCCCAUUUUACUCCCCAUAAUAUCUUCUUUAGAAAAUGUCAAACUCUCUGAUAGUUCAGAACCAAUACUUAAACGAUGGGAAAGUAUUUCUAGUGUGGAACCAAUUGUUGAUUCAUCGUUUAGUUCACUGCCAUCAUCGAGCAGCGAUAGUGAAGAGGAGACUAAGAAACGGCCGGUUCGCCGCAUGCCGACAGCUUUUCGUCGCAGAGAAAACUUUAGCACAAUGCGAUCCAAGUCUGUUUGCGACCCGGAAAGCCGGCGGUCUAAAUCUAAAAAUUCUGACAUAAGUGAAAAUGCUAGUAACAUAUCAAGUAGUACUAAUGUCGGUUCCGUCGCUAAUUCGUCGACAUCAGGUAGUGAUCAUAACAGUAAAGUAUUGCGUCGAGAAGGAUCGCUUAAUAGUAGAACAAGUAGAAACAUAAGAAGUGCAACAAUUACGCGAAGAAAUGAAAGAGCGUCGUCAGCUACUAGGGCUUCCACAGCUAGAGCAAAAACAGUCAAAAACAUGAAUUUGGCAAAUUUCAAAUCGUCAGAGCCUGUUCCGAAAUCUUUGCCUGCAUCCAAAGAUCGGGAGCAAGGAGUGGACUACCUGGUGGAAGUUUGUGAUGGUGUGGUAAGUGCGUGGGGCGCAGGCGCCGUAAGGCGUUUGUCACGUGACUGGGACUGGGAACGAGCUCGAACGGUGACUCGCGCAGCUUAUCACUACGUGCAUUACAAUGCCGUCGCUCAGUCUCUUCCAGAAUUAAAGUCUAAGUUCCCAAAUGUAAGUCACAUAUCAGUUCGAGCGACAGGCUUGCAAUGGCUCGGACAGUUGCACGCUCUAGCGGAACUGCGCGGCGUCACCGGACUUGUAGUAUUACCAGAAGGCAAUCCGAUAUACGCCAAAAUCUGGAGAGAAUACGCUGUCUACAGACUUGCUCAUUGGGGAUUGAAAGAGAUUAAUGAUGAACCAGUGACGGAUGAAGAAAUAAAAUCAGCCAAUAGAACGUAUGGCGGACUUAGUGAUAUAGUACUAAGGGCAUUACCAGAUGCACCUUUGCAGCCACUACUGUCACGGCUAGGGCGCAGUGGCAAUAGUUCCGUGAGUGCUAAAUCUUGGCUUCGGGCUGCCGACCCUGCACUCAGAGACGUUAUAGCUAAAGAAGCUUUGCAAUACAAAAAGGGAAAUGUGUCACAGGUAAAGGAGGAUAUGAGCUGGCGUGUACGUGGCCGAGGUCAACUAUCCCAUGCGAUCGAACUGGCUUGCGGUGCAGCACAAAGUCUUCGAGCACUUGAACUUCAAUGGCCAACUAUACUAGUCGAAAUGAUUGAAGACAUUUUAAAAGACUUCGCCGACAUGGAGAAUCAUGUAAAGGAACAAAUGAAAAUGCUGAUGGAUUCCAUGUAAACUAGGCAUAAAAGUAGUCAUAAAUAGAUUAGAAUUAGUGUCAAAUAUUGCGCCGCCAAAACUAGAUUAUCGUCACUAAUGUCAAGCGUAGUUUUAAAAGGAGUUUUCACAUGUAGUCAAUGCUACCUACUUGUUAAUUAGUUAAUCAAAUACCACAAAACUGUUUAAUAUGACAUAACUUUUGUAAGAUUAUAGUGUAAACAGUUCUGAUGAUUUAUAAAAAUAGCCGGUAAAUUUUUGACUGAACAGUAUUGUUGCUCAAUCUAGGUAGGAAGUUGUACUUUGCAAUUAUUAGCACUGUGUAAUGUGUUUGUAGUAUAGCAAAACUGAUAAAAUAAUAAUAUGACCAGCAUAUAAAAUCAAAACAAAAAGGUAUCUAUCAUUUUUUGUAAAAAAAAAGGAUUUGUGAGUUAUUCAUUAUUUAGAAGCAUAAAUCACUUUUGUUGACUCGUCGGGCUGGCCUAUUUGAUUAUCAAAAUGUCUUCUACUUCUGGUUAUAUUAAAAUGUACCUUCAUUGUAAUACGUUGUCAUUUAUAAUAAUAGUUAUUAUUAUAUAUAGGUGAUAAACUGCCCUGCAUGUGCCUAGUUAAAUUUAAUACAUAAUAAAGAAUUUAUACCACU